GUUUACGUGUAGGCCCCGCCCAAACCGGAAGUGGCGAAAUGCUUAAGGGGCGCCUGGCGCGAGUGGAGAGGAUACUAUUGCUUGUUUUUUUUAUUUUUCUCCCCGAACAUUAUGUACGUAAUAAAUAUACAAGACAUCGUCGUUAAUGAGAUAUAGUUACAGGAAGCCGUUACAGUUUUUCCCCAUACAGUGCUUCCUGUCAUGUAGCCGCGUGCACGUUUUAAGAAGUCAGCCGCGGGAAAGUUUGUUCGCCUUUUAGCUUCUUCCUAAGUAUCCGAGCUAACAGAAUAGCAAGAGAAAAGUGUCCCAGUGCCUCAAAACACGCAGAAAACCUGGACUCUGCGGGGGUUUUUUAAAAUUUGUUUUCUUUGAGCAAUAUUCCUGUCGGAGGAAGAAGAAAACAGCUGUGUGCAAAAACAUUCUCUAGAUUUCUCUUCGGCUGUUUCCAGGAGCUGCCAUGUCUAUGAGGUUCAAGUCAGAGGCUGAACCGAUAGCUAUAACCAGUGCAGCUCAGCGUAAGUCUGAAGUAAAGCAGGUGAAAAAGCCUCUGAAAUCGCUGGUGGACCCCUUGCUGCUGGCGCCAGAGCUGCUUGCUGGGUUGGGGCAGUACGUAUGCAGCGUGUGUGGCGACACGUUUGCGUCUCUGGCCCAAUUGGCCAGACACGUGCAGUUCCACGAUCGCGACCGGCCAUUUCCAUGCGCCGUUUGCGGCAAGCGCUUCCUAAGCCGCAGCCACCACGACGAACACCAGCGAGUGCACACGGGGGAGCGGCCGUUCCCCUGCGAUCGCUGCGAGCGCUCCUUCACCACCCACCACAACCGCAAACGCCACCAGCUGAUCCAUGACAAGGAGGAGGCAUACCGUUGCACCGUGUGUGGCGUGCUCUUCUGCCAGGACCACCAGCUCGGCAACCUCAGUGGCAUCAUCCGCGUGCUCAAGCAGCAAGAAGGCACAAAAACACGGCGCAAUGUGGGACUCAAAACUAAGAUCAAGCUCGAACCAGGUUCUACAAACGAACAGGAGGAAAAUGUCAAAAAGAAGCAUAAACAGCAGCAUUCCCAUUUUGAAGAAGACUAUUCCCGUUUUCCUCAGCAAGAAGACAGAACCUCAUUCCAUGCUGACGUCCUGCAGGUUCCUAACAAGAAAGAGCCACAUGUUUCUGAAGCGUUGCACAGAGCAAGUCCAAGGAUAAAGAAGAUUGCCUAUGACAUGGAGGUUAUCCUGUAACCACUGGUUACUGACAUUAAGCCCUGUCCUGCAUAUUGUAGUGUUUUCCCUGCUUCCAACACACCUAUGCAGCUAAUUAAAGCGAUUGAACUGAGUGUGUCGGACUAGCAGAACACUAAUAUGUGCAGGACAGCAGGUUCUCCAGGACCAGGGCUGGUGCUUUACAGCGGUGCUUAUGAUGAUGAAUGUCUGGUGCAUCGUAAUUCUCCAAAAUGGGAUAAAAACGGUGAUUAAUACAAAAGCAAGAUAAACAUUUAGCUGUAUCAUUAUUUGCUUGUAUUGAAAAUGACUAAACUUUAUACAAUACUUCAACGCUGUGACACAAAUAUAAAUGAAUUGACUGACUACAAUUCAUCUCGUUUUUUUUUCACCCACAUUUUUACAACACUGAUCAUUUUGAUUUCAUACUUAUUACCUUUGUAUUUGCUUUUUCUUUUCUUACACACAUGAAACGGAUCUUAUUUCUCCAAAAUAAUGUGUGACAUACUAAUGUUUAGUUAAAUUGACUUAUUAUAUCUUGCACAGAAUUCCAUAUUCAGCUACUAUGAUCGAUAUGCCAAGGCCGCCAAGUGUGAUAUCAUGUAGAACUCUGACAUAUCAAAAUAAAUUCAGUUUAUA